UGCAUUUUCUUUCAUGGGUAGUGGGGUUUUUGCUGCUUGAGCUGCUGCGGGCAAAGCGACCUUCGCGGCGCCUGGACGCGGGACCCGCGCUCUAACGGUUGUUGGGUUGAGUGACCUUUUCCUCCCGCCGGCGCCGAAGGGAAGCCCAGGUUCCAGGCGGGCGGAGCGGUCGGCUUGCUCACCGGGUCAAGGGCGGGCUUGAGCCCACUGGAAUGGCAGCCCCAUCUAUGAAAGAAAGGCAGGUUUGCUGGGGAGCCCGGGAUGAGUACUGGAAGUGUUUAGACGAAAACACCGAGGACUCUUCUCAGUGCAAGAAGUUAAGAAGCUCAUUUGAAUCAAGCUGUCCGCAACAGUGGAUAAAAUAUUUUGAUAAAAGAAGAGACUACUUAAAAUUCAAAGAAAAAUUUGAAGCAGGACAAUUCCAGCCUUCAAAAACAACUGCAGAAUCCUAAGCUGUUCCUGAACUUUUCAAAAAGGUUGAAACCAUUCUUUUUGGACAUUCAAAAAUGCUCCAUUGACUAUGGGUUAAUAAUAGUUUGAAUCAUGGUAAACAUCAAUACUUGUUCUUAACUAUAACACUUAACUACACUGAUCAAAUAACAGAAGAUAUUGAAACUAUGAAGACUUGAAAUAAAAUGGUAUAAUAUAUCCUUAGUUGUAGUAAGGAAUCUAUAUUUGAAGAAAAAGAAAAUUAAAGUCUAUUAUAAAGACAUGUAUACAUUUCUUUCUAUUUUCCUUUUUUUGGUUGGACAGUGAGUAGUAGGCCCAUUAUGACACUGUCAUUGUGUGUUCCUGGGAGUUGGCAUUUUAAUACAGGCACUGAAAAAUGAGGAUUGGAGGAAACCUGAACUUAAAAUCUACAGAUAAUAUAUAAUAAAAGGCUUCCACACAAAAUCUACAGCUAAUAUUAUGCUCAAUGAUGAAAGAAUGCAUGUUUUCUAAGUUAAGGAUGUCCUCUCACUACUCCUAUUCAACACAAAUUCUAACCAAUGCAAUAAGGCAGGGAAGGAAGAAAAGCAUACAAAUUGGAAAAGAAGAAAUAAAAGUGACUCAAUCACCAGUUUUGACAAUAUGGUUAUCUUAUUAGAAAAUCCCAAAGAACUGACAAAAAAAGCUCUUAGAACUAAGAAGUGGCUUUUAGGGAAGUCAUCAGAUAACAAGCUCAAUAUACAAAAGAAAAUCAUAUUUCUACAUACCAGCAUUUGAAAUUUAAAAAAGGAAAACACAAUCCAUAGAAAAAAAGCUAAAUUGGAAAGGACUGUAUCCAGAAUCAAUAAAGAAAACAACCCCUUUUCAAAAAUGGAUAAAUGAUGUGAACAGAUACUUCUCCAAAGAGGAUACACAACUGCAAAUAAAUAUAAAUAUAUGCAAGAUGCUCAACAUUUUUAGAUAUCAGAGUAAUGCAAAGUAAAACCACAAUAUAUCAUUACACACCUAUUAGAAUGGCUUGAAUAAAAAAUGUUGACAUUACCAUGUGCUAGGAAAGAUGCUAAACAACAGGAACUCUCAUUCAUGCUUGGUGGGAAUACCAAAUGGUAAAGCCACUUUGGAAAACAGUUUGGCAGUUUCUUAUAAAGUUAAAUAUAUACUUACCUUGUGAUCCAGCCAUCCCAUUCCUUGCUAUUUCACCAAAUUAAUUAAAAACUUAUGUUCACACAAAACCUGUAUAUGAAGGUUUAUGAACCUUAUUCAUAACUGCCCAAAGCUGGAAACAACCCAGAUUCCUUUCAACAAAGGCAUGGAUAAGCAAACUGCGGCAGAGCACAAUGGUAUACUGCUCAGCAAUAAAAAGGAAUGGGUUUCUGAUUCUCAAAACAACAUGGAUGAACCUUAAGUGUAUCUUGCGUCAUGAAAGAAGCCAGACCCAAAGUCUACUUAUUAUAAGCUUCCAUUUGUAUGAUUCUGGGAAAGUCAAAACUACAGGAUAAAAAAACAGAUCAGUGGUUGCCAGUGCUUGAGGGGUUGACUGCAAAGGAGUGUCACAAAAGAAUUUUUAGGGAAGUAAUGAAACCUGUUUAAUGAUGUGGUGGUGGAUCCAUAAGUACAUGUUUGUCAAGACUCACAGAACUAAACAGUGACUUCUGUUGUAUGCUCACCAAAAAAUCAACCAGAAUGGGAGAUUCUGGUAUGGAAUGCAGAUUGUGACAAAUGAAUUUAACUGUAUUUACAUAUAUGACAUAGCUUCAGUGAAGGGGAAGGGUAAGAAAGGGGCUAACCUAAAUAACUUUGAAAAUGGUGUUUUGACUGGAUACUGUAAGGCUAAAGAUGAAAGGAACUGUUAGCAAGUAGGUAAAUUUUUUUUUUCCACAGGAGUAUGGCUUAUCAAUUCUAAAACUACAUGUAUAUCAGGAAUGAGCAAAAAAGUACAUAGUAUUAGUGUUAGAUAUGAAUAUCAGUAAGAAUUUGUGUUUAUAUAUAUAUACACAUUGGUAAGCAUAAAUAUGUAUAUAGAUAUGUGUGUGUGUAUGGGUUAGUAUACAGACAUAUUUCAUAGUUCUGCCCAGUGAGCGGGCCUAGAAGCAGUGACACUCCAAAAGCAACAAGCACAUCUAUCACCCAGAUCUUGGUUUAUAAAUACGAUUCUCCAGUAAAAGAAACCAAGGUUCCUUGGAGAAAUGCCUGAAGAACUAGGUAGCGAAAAUAAAUGACGACCCUACAACAUCUUAUAGUAGUGCUAGACAGUUAGAAAAUGUGUUUAAAAAAAAAAGUCUUGUCAAAAGGACACAAGACCCAACCAUCUAUACUGAUAUAAAAAGAUGACUGAAUAAGGGACAAGUCUUAAAUGUAAAAGAAAUAAGGGAAAUAGAACAACAAUAGAUCACUACAGGAGCAGCUGCUAUAGGUAAUAUCCACUGAUGAAUGCUGAAAUUAAUGGGCAAAGGAGAAAAAGGAUAUUUGAAUAUCAUCCAAGUAUCUUUCCCAAAAUAUUUAUUAAUUACUCUGGUGGUUUUAAGAUAGGUCCACGAAUUCUGUGAUACUCCUCCCUCCAAGAGCUGGAGCUUAUUUUCCCUACCCUUAAGUGUAGGAUGGACUUAGUGACUUGCUUCCCACAAUAGAUUAUGGGAAGGAAAAACUUUACAGAGAACAUGGCAAACACUACCUUAACCAAAUGAUCAAGGUAAUAAGUCAUGCUGAUAUCAUGUACUCCUGAUAUAUGAUGAUAAGUUCCCUUUAUCUUUGCAAUAUUCUUUCUAAAAACCAUAACUUCCAUCUAAUUAUGAGACAACAUCAGACAAACCCAAAUUAAGGGACAUGUACUACUUAACCAGUACUCUUCAAGAAAGUGCCAAAAGUGUUAAAAAACAAGGCAAAAAUCAAUAAUCUUUCAGAUAUUGGAGGAGACUAGAGACCAUUACAAUGAAAAGCAAUGUAGUAUCUUAGAUUGGAUCCUGGAAAAGAAACAGGAACUUAGAGGAAAAACUGGAGAAAUCAAAGGCUUGGUUUAGUGUGUAGUACCAUGACAAUUUGUUAGUUUUGCUAAAUGUACUAUGGUUACAUAAAAUGUAACACCUUGGUCAGGGGUAGAUGGAAACCUUGUGUACUAUGGUUUGCAAUCCUUCUGCAAAACUAAAAUUAUUUCAUAAUAAACCUAUUUAUUUUCUUAAACCUAUUUAAGAAAAUAAUAAAUAUAGGUAAUAUAGUAUGAAACAAAUAUUAUCAAAAAGGACUGUUUUAGUUUGCUAAAGCUGAUAAAAUGCAAUAUAUAAGAAAUGGGCUGGCUU